AGUACUUUGCCGUACACCUGUUUCUUUUCCGUCAUUUCAAUUGGCUACAUCAUAAAAUACACAUGCUUUUUAAAAAAAAACAAUGCCUCUCAGCCGUGUCAGCCAGAUAUUUUCAGUACCCUUUUAUUUCUUGCCAUAGAACAGGGUAUUUUCCAGCCGGUGAAAAUAGUUGAAUAAUGACUCCUGUGAAGGGGCUUUCCAAAGUUUGAAAGAAAAAAAGAAGAAUAAACCAUCUCUUCGUUGGCCUGCAUUAGAAACUUGAGGUGCAGGGUUUGAUAGAAGUGGAUAUUUAAGAGGCUUUGGGAGACUGAGGAGAAACUUGUAUUGUGGGAAAUGUAGGCUCCAGUGUUUUUGGCUCUUUACUCACAUUAGGGACUAAAAAAAAGUGGGAAUAUCUCAGCUUCUCUGCCUCGUUUAAAAACCACAACUUAAUAAAAGUGACAUAAAUACCUUGAACAUUUAGUUUUUAGUUUUCAAAUAGAACUCAAGCAAAGCAAAAAAUCAAAUAAAACCUCCAGAGUUUGAUAAGAUGAAUAUUUCCAGUAAUACCUUGAACCCAUUCCUGGUGUUUAUAUCUUGAUAUAAGCUUUAAAACCUUUUAAAUCCUCUUUGGAUGUCUGUGCACUUUGCACAGUGUUAAUGUAUUUAGAUGGAGCGUAGGGCGGUGGCCAGUGAAUGAAUGAUCAAAGCCUUUUGGGGUGGGCGGUGCAUGUGCUGUAUUUACACUGGGCUGCUCCGCCCUACAACAGGAGAUAGAAAAACUGUCCGUGGGCCGGUGGUGGGAUGAUAGGAGUGGAAGGAGAUGUAGCAGACGCAUUAAUAACCCCAACACACGCACUUACACCUCGUCGGCUCCACUCCUUCUUUCCCCCAGCAGCAGCAGCACCACCACCAGCAUCCUCCUCCUCUCUUUUGCAUAACAGGACGAGCGAUCAUUCGCGGUGCUGCAUCGGAGCUUCAUGGCCGCGACACUCGCGAUGAGCGGCGGCGGCGGGCAGGAGGAUCCCUUCUACCCGCUGCAGAAGGCGACUCUCUCCGCUGGAUUCCCCCUGGAGGACUCGGCGUUGUUCGGCAUGGAUUGCAAGAUCAUAGACAAGGCUGGACAGAGCGACUACACUCAGGCAAAGUGUGAGAUGGACAGGUAUCUCUCCCCUCAGCCUCUUCCCCUUCCACCUCCUGCAGACGGUCAACAGAAGUCACAGAGAGACAGCGCGUCUGUGGUGGAUCACUUCUUCUCUGACGAUCACACUGGGGCUCCCUACACCCUCAACAUGAAUCUUUACCUCCCCGACGCCACCUACCUGAGGAUGGACUUGUGUCAUCAGGCGCGGCCCCCUCAGCACCAGAACCACACAGGUCUUACCCAUAUCAAAACAGAAUCUGCCUCCCCGUGUUUCUCCCCAAACCUACAGCUGCACUGCCCCAACACUACGCCCUCUAGUAGCCGCGGCACAUCCGGGCAUGGCCCCGGCAAUAUUGCCAUGGAAACCUCAGCCAUAAACAUGACACUAACAGGGUUACCAGACUUCACCAGUGUUUUCCACCAGUCAGGAGUCGGUGGCGAUUCAGUGCCAGAGGUGUUUGUCAAACAGGAAAUGCCAUCACAGUUUGAGCAGCACGCUCUCCACCACCAUGACAGCGGCUCACUGUUUCAGCUACUAAAUUCUGGCUUGGACCAUCACCAUGGUAAUGGUAUGGAGGCUCAGCAUCAUCAUCACCAUCAGCAGCAGCGGCAGCAGAUACAACACACUUCCACUUCCACAAUCCACGGGCCUUUCCAUGAUUUGCCGGUAGCAACUUCUGCAUCUCAACAAGAGCAGACUGUCAAGCCCACCUACUGUAGCCUGGGUGGCGGGGCAUACACACAUCCUCAUGCUCAGGCCCACCACCAUUUCCUUCAGCAGCAGGUGCCCUACCUACCGCCCUCUCCGCCGAGCUCGGAGCCCGGCAGCCCUGACAGGCAGAAGGAGCUCCUCCAUACCAUGUCCCCUCCUCCCUCGUACGCAGCCACCAUCGCCUCCAAAUUGGCAGGUGGCACCCCUGGACUCGGUCCCGGCCCGGGACCAGGCAGCUUAGCCCUGCCUCUCACUACAGGUCCUACACCGGUCCAGGGCCAUGCUGCAGCCCUUCCUCAAGCCCCUGCAGCAACCCCAGCCCCAACCCCAGCUCAGACCACUGUGCCUGCCCGCUACAACAGGAGGAACAACCCAGACUUGGAGAAGCGACGGAUCCACCACUGUGAUUACCCAGGCUGCAAGAAGGUCUACACUAAGUCGUCCCAUCUGAAAGCCCACCUCAGGACUCACACGGGUGAGAAGCCCUACAGGUGCACGUGGGACAGCUGCGACUGGCGUUUUGCUCGUUCGGAUGAGCUGACGCGUCAUUACCGGAAGCACACGGGUGCCAAACCCUUCCAGUGCGCCGUCUGCUCGCGCUCUUUUUCCCGAUCCGACCACCUCGCUCUGCACAUGAAGAGACACCAGAACUAGCAACGUUUUUGCACACGCACACACACACACACACACACUACAAAUACACAAAGCACUGUCUUCACACACGUAAAGCACUCGCUCCAUCUCCCACAACUACAUUGUUACAAGCUGCCCCGAUGCAGAGCGACGUUCACUGACAACACACAGCUCCUCCUGGUGCUGCUAUCAUGUGCUAAAACGGUACUAUUACCUGACAGAUGUGUUGCUCUUAACCCAGAGUGGGACAGUUUGGAGGCUGUAUAGUAGAAAGAUAAUGGCCAGAUGAAGUUUCUGGUCCCUUAACCUUCAGAUAUACUUGGUAUAGAUUUCUGUGGACAAAUACAAAGAAGAAAAAUAAUAGCAAAAAGAAAAUGGUAGCUCCAAAACAUGUCUCCAGUCCAUUUGGACUCUUCUGUGUGACUGGAAAGAAAGCACUUACCACUCAAAACUUGUACACCUUUUGUUCUAACAUAGAACUUUGUUUACUCCUUGAUUUGUUAGUUUGUUUAUAGAACUGGAAUAUCCAGAUUUAAUUUUUUGUUUUAUAUACCAAAUCCUUCGGUUUGCACUACAAUUGGUAAUCUUAAAUCUCAGCUGUUUUUGACCCAUGCAUCUCAUUCAGCACUGGAACGAUCAUUAUCACUGCUGGACUGAAUCUCUGUGAACGCCACACAAAUCAUUGCUGUUCAGAUAUUAAAAAUUGAAGGCAUUUAUACUCUGGAGAGAGGGAAGAUAGUGCAGGGGAAAAAGGAGGGAGGGGUGGAGAUGGUGAGCUAGAAAGAUUUUUGAAUUUCAAGAGAGGAGAUCUGAGGAUGACUGAGAAAGAGAGAGAGGUGGUUGCUAAAGAGCUGCAAUUAGGCGAUGAAUUAUUCACGUUGACUUUCGACAGAUUUCCAACGAGAGAAAUGUAGAAGCAGAAACCUUCAAUAUAUCUUAGAAUUCAUUCAGAAUAAAACCGAAUUGACUGUUCUGAUGCACAAGCUUGAACUAAGUGCUUCAAAAUACAAUUACUGUCCAUCUCUCUCAUCCAGCAUUUUACUUCUUUCAAAUGUUUUAACCAAAGUAGCAUCAUCAUCAUCGUCAUCAUCAUCAUCAACACCUUAUUAAGUGCCUCCUUCUCUGGUUUAUGUGUGUUUGUUCAGUGGUAGCAGAGCUGUGAUCAAUGUGGAAAGUCCUUUUUAAAUACACUUGGUGCUGUUUUUUAUUUCUUAAUCUGUUUGAUCUCUAGACUCAGCUUUGGGAAAAAAUUCUUUCUUUUAAAUUACAAGGUUACCCAUCAUUCACUGUAAUUUAACAGCUCGGCUCAGGCCACUUCACCGACAUCCUGACAUAGUGUCGUUUAAAUUAAAAUCCAGGAGGGUCUCGCUCUCUGACUCUGUACACAACUAACAUGCAACUCGGCUCUAUCAGUCAAUCGAACAUGGACACGUGUUUUGUUAGAGGAUUCACAGUCUUUCUUCGAACAGUACUCAUAUGCUCACGUAUAUUGCAAGAGUUAUUGGGUUCUGCAAAUGUUCCUCUUGUCUAAACAGGCCAUAAAGAGAUUAUGGAAUAUUUUUAGUUAAAGCGAUAGGAGUCAGAAUCAGCAAUGAAAUAAAAAUUUAAAAAAUGCAUUGUGAAUUUCAGCUGAAGAUAAAAUGGUCUGAGCACAAAGAGGGGAUUCUGUUAUUUUUUUAUCCACAGAAGAAGGAUUUUGUUACCACCUUUUGAAAUCACUUUAUUUAUUUUUUAUUUUAGCAAGGACCCUGCGACAACACAAAAAUCAGAAUAAAAUAUACACAUGUAAACACAGUUGCAUAUAGAUUGAUAUGAUUAUAUAUAAAGUCCUAUAGAUUACUAGUUAAGGGCUCUAUAAAUUACUAAAACAAAAUACCAAACUGCUGUGUUAAUUCCUCCGUUGACCCAAAGAGGAGCAGCCAACAGGGUGAUAGAGGUCACUAUGCUGACAAUAUUGUAGCCUGCAUAACCUUUUUCUACUGAACAUAGUUAGGCCAAACUUAUUCCUAUAAAGAAAACCAAUGGCUUAAGUUUGCUAGAUACAUUUGAGAUGUGUGCCCUAAAAGUUGGACUGUUUGUUGUCUACGUUGUUUAAAGUUGUUGUGUGUGUUAAAGGUCACUGAGGAAUAUAGUGUUCUAUCAUCAGCAUAUAGAUGAACUUGACAGUUUUCUAAACCAAUGGCAAUAUUAUUUAUAUACAAGGUAAACAAUAGAGGUCCCAGAACACAUCCCUGGGGUACUCCUGCGUUGAGUCUGUAUCAAGAGGAACAAGCAUCAGUCAAAAACUCUGAUAAUGUACAUUUAAAUAGGAGAGUUUUGUCUUGGAAAUACUGUGAACCUGUCCUUUUAAUAUACACUUGAAUGUCCAUGUUGACGGUGUGAUUUAGCCUGCGCCUAUAACUGUAAUUGUUCUUUCACUGCAGGUAGCAUAAAGAUAAUAUAGCACUGUAAUGUAUCAUGGUAAAUCUGACUAUUUAUUUGAUUGUGUAGAAGUGGGGGUUGCAACAGAUCAACCGUCUUUCCCCAGCAAAAAUGCCUUAAUGUAAAUAUAUGCACUGUAAAUAACUAUUGACUUUUUUUGUUUGUUUUUGUUUUUUCCUCUUUUGUUAUUAUUUUGUAAACAAAGGGGCAGAAAAAGAGGGAAAUGCCCUGCAUCCAAAAAAUAUUUGAGCCUUUUUUUUUCUCUUUAGUUUUGUUUUCUUGUCAAAAAUAUUUUGAUGCCAUUGUUUUAUAUAUUGUCCUUCCAACAACUUAUUUUGUAGAUUUGUUUUUCUUCCUAGGUAAACGUUCCAAAGACAAAAGUUGUUUUUUCUUCAACUGAGUGAAGCCGAACCUAAUAAAGUCAAACUGACACUUUUACAGA